CGCGUUAUGGCUCAAGUCUUAUCAAAGAAGUAAUAGACGUUUCUCAACCACCGUGUAAACAGAUCAUACUCGCCACAGCUCUGUUCCAGAAUGGAAAGUCUCAGGCAGCUUCUAGUUAUUGCAGUUCUCGUUGCUUUUCCUCAUGUUACAAGUGAGCAGAUAUCACCCACCCCGAUUAUCGGCAGCACACUAGCACCGGUGACGAUGUUUCAGACCGACUACGACCGUGACAACUUCAUCAUGAACCUCAACGCCGACGUACUUGGUAUAAAAUCAAUGCUCACCAAGGUCUACGACCAGGUAGUGAAUAUUCCUGUACACCCGUCUGGACCAGGUACGAAUCCGGUGGCCUUUGUGGCCUUUAACGUUCGCCUCACUCAGAACCUCUCAGGUCUCGGCAGAGGCCAAAUCAUCCGCUUCGAUGACGUCGUGUUAAACAAAGGAAACGGAUAUGACGCAAGGUUGGGCGUGUUUCGUUGCCCACAGCCAGGAACAUAUCAGCUGUCUAUUUCAAUCGGGUCAUAUGGCGGAAUACAGCUGGAGAUCGUCAACAACGGAGUACAGAUUGGGCGAGUGUUCUCGUCAAAGUCAAGAUUUGGGCGAAGCGUGGAGGAUGAAGAGUCAGAAGAAGUAGAGGAUGAUUUCUAUAACGGAAUAGACAAAAGAUACAUAUCCACCACACCACCUGGCUUAGGUCUACCAUCAACAAAGAUUCCUGCAAGUGGUAAUGGGUACGUGCAGCCUGGCUCAGAAGCCACGCCCUCCUCCGCCCAGGCCAUCGUGGACCUGAAGUUUGGAGAUGAAGUGUGGGUUCGCCAUGCAUCCGAUAACCCCCACGACAUUCUCUUUGGGAAUGGUAUGUCGACAUUCUCCGGGCACCUGCUGAAUCCCAUUAAAUGAACAUCGUCAGUCAGGAAAUAAAGAAAAGAAAUAGUAUAUCGUCAUAAUGUACUUAUUACAACCUUUAAUCAUAAACAUUCAUUUAUUAUUC